GCGGCGGCGGCGAGGGCGGCGGCGCGGCCGGCGGCGAGGGCGAGAGUGGCGGCAAGCCGGACGGGGGCGGUGGCGAUGGCGGGGGCGGGGCCGGAGGCGGCGGCGAGGGCGGCGAGGAGGGCGGCGGUGGCGAGGGUGGCGGGGCGGCUGGUGGUGAGGGCGAGAGCGGCGGCAACCCCGACGGAGGCGGGGGCGAGGGCGGCGGCGGUGUGGGAGGCGGCGGUGGAGUGGGCGGUGGCGGCGAGGGAGGUGGCGGUGACGGCGGCGGCGGCGAGGGCGGCGGCGCGGCCGGCGGUGAGGGCGAGAGCGGCGGCAAGCCGGACGGGGGCGGCGGCGAGGGUGGCGGCGGGGCCGGAGGAGGCGGCGAGGGCGGCGGCGAGGGUGGCGGCGGCGAGGGUGGAGGGGCGGCUGGUGGCGAGGGCGAGAGCGGCGGCAAGCCCGACGGAGGCGGGGGUGAGGGCGGCGGUGGCGAAGGUGGCGGCGAGAUCGGCGGCGGCGAGGGCGGCGGCGCGGCCGGCGGCGAGGGCGAGAGCGGCGGCAGGCCGGACGGGGGCGGCGGCGAGGGCGGCGGCGGCGCUGGUGGCGGCGGCGAGGGCGGCGGCGCUGCCGGCGGUGAGGGCGAGAGCGGCGGCAGGCCGGACGGGGGCGGCGGCGAGGGCGGCGGCGGAGCUGGGGGUGGUGGCGACGGUGGAGGGGGCGAAGGCGGGAGCGAAGACGGUGGCGGCGGCGACGGUGGGGGCGGCGAAGGAGGUGGGGGCGAGGGCGAGGGUGGCGGCGACAUUGGCGGCGGUGGGCUGGGCGGCGGAG